AGUAGACCCUAAGGUGUAUUCGUAGACGAACUGUCCUCCGAUCGAUUCACUUUUCCGCUUUGGGACGUGCCCAGGUCGCUGCCAUGUGGAUUCCUCGACGCGACUUUGACCUCAGAUACUAGCUUUCUACUUGAACAAGCCAUAUUUGACAGACUCAGCAAAUACUCCUCUACUCAAAGUGCACAAUUGCGACACUAUAUGCGCUUUUGAAGUUGACCCUCAUCAAACCCGCUUCACGUAGUGACGCGAGUUGAUGCUCGCGGGCUAAGGAGACAGGCAAGGCUCGCUGAAAUCAUCCUGUCCAUACCUUGUUGGUCGUCGCAUCGAAAUCUCUUUUGGCAAAGACACGCCGAAAGUCCAGGGGACAGGCAGUACCAUCGCAGACUUCCAAAGGCCAUUAUGCCUUAUAAUAAUGCCCCUAUCGAGCCCCCGGAGGAGAUAACAGGCUCGUCUGUUCUUCCAUUGGCUCGUGUUAAGAAGAUCAUUGCCAUGGAUGAAGACAUCGCUCAGUGCUCUACCACUGCUGCCUUUGCUAUAUCCAUCGCUACGGAGGAAUUCGUGCGCUACUUGGCCGAACAAGCACACAAUGUGGUAAAAUCGGAACGAAAACCCCGGCGGAACAUCGCAUAUAAAGAUAUCGCCACAGCCAUAUCACGGAUCGACAAUCUCGAAUUUCUUUCAGACACAGUACCGAAGACGAAGACUUAUCGGCAGUUCCGAGAAGAAAAAGCACAGGAAUCCGCCGCAAAAGCGUCCUCGUCAGGAGUCACGACGAAUGGCAUGAAUGGUGACAGCGGAACGGUUUCAAUAGAAACUAUGAUGAAAAACCAGCAACAGAACGGCGUGAAUGGCAUCAAUGGAUCUUCGAACGGCGGCCAUGGUAGCCCCAUUGCUCAUAGAUCAGCUCAUCAGCGGACAGGGAGUCAUCCAGAUCCAAUUCGAGAUAUCGAAAUGACGGAUUGAAUCGACGAAAGAGGGGGUUAGAUGCCAUUUACGUGUUCUGUAUCCGUCGCAUUGACGAUGGACGGGUUCUUUAUGGAGUUGACGGAAGCAUUCGCAGGAUCAACAUUGCCGGCAUUGGUUGAUGUAUGUCUAGAAGUAUGACUGCAACGAGGAGAUGGCGAUGAGGAAAAACUUGUAUAUAGUUACACAAGUAGUCAUGGUCGCGAAGUCCAUCUGGAAUUGUUACAAGUUCA